UGGUUCAUCCCGUAAGUGACAAGGACUCCUGUAUUGAGAAAGCCAAGUUGUCUUGAAAACUGCUUAAAAGUACAAUGGAAAUGGAACAAAAGGCUCUGCCAGAAGACCCCUCCCUUGGAUUCUCUUUACAUGCUAAAUAGUCUGCACGUAACAAGUGUUUUUCUUAGUGACAGUGGUUCUAGGCAUUUAAAAAUUGGGCAGCCCUUAUCACCAGCAGCUGUUUUGCGCCCCCGUCUACAAAGAGUAGGUUUGUGUUACCUUGGACUCCUCUCGGCUGUCCCUAUUCAACUGAGGAAUCUCAUUGUUGGCUUGGACAUCAUUCAAGCUGGUGUUUAAGUGCUACGGGGAGGAUCUCAGUCCAUUAGAGCUGCCUUUUUGUGGGCUUGAGUUAGGGGGCACAACGUCGGGUGCUGACAAGCCAGUUGCGGUGAAUAGCAAAGAAGAUUCACAGGUUCGGGAAGGAGCCAAGGACCAGGGGUCGAAAGUGUCUUGCUAAAAGCCACUGCUAACUGUGAUCAUUCUGAAGAUGACACCUGCCAGUUUAGUAUUUGCUUGCAGCAUGUUUGCUCUGAGGAUGGCUGUCUCUUCAGCCUAUCAAGACAACAAGAAUGAACUCAAUGAAAUUGUCAUUUGCUCCAAUGACCGAAUGGAAGUGUUCAUCCCCAGUGCCUUUUUUCUCAGCAAAGUCCCCCCGGUUUAUGUCUGGGAUUUGCACCUCAAUGACCCAGAGUGCCGCGGGGUGGAGAUCGACGAUGACUAUGUUUUCAGCAUCAAGACGAAUCUGUCCGAUUGUGGGACCAUCACGACCUUGGAUGAUAGCCACAUCAUGUUCAUCAACACCAUACAAAAUAAUGAUACAGAUGUUAUCACAAGAAGCUACGUCAACAUCACGUUUGUAUGCCGGUACCCUAUCAACUACAUGGUUCAGCAACCCAAUGGCGAAAACAUGAUCAGAGUGGAUAUCCGGACGAUUACCCUUAACACAGAAGAUGGGAACUUCUCAGUGGCCAUGAUGUUGUACAAAGAUGAGGAAUUUGAGGACAAGUGGACUACCACUCCUUUUUUGAUGUUGGAGGACAACAUCUAUGUGAAAGUUUUCAUGAUACCAGCUCAUCUUGUGUUGCGCCUGGAACGUUGCUGGGCCACUCCCAACAAUGACCCCUACAGCAGUGUCCAGUACAACUUCAUCAGAGACAGCUGUCCAGUCACAAUGAAUGAGCAAACGCUGUUUGUGCUCAGCAAUGGUCAGGGUCCAGAGGCCAUGUUCCAGAUACAAAUGUUCAAGUUUGUGGGCAAUGCCUACAAAGAUGUCUUUCUACACUGCAACGUCCAGAUCUGUCACAGCACAGCAGGGGUCUGCCAGCCUAACUGCUCUGGGGAGGACGGGGUGGUCCGAACAAGGAGAGACAUCACACAGUCUCAUACUGUGUCCUAUGGACCCAUUAGAAGAUUGAUGGUCACCAGUGACAAACCAUCCCUGAAUUCAGGUGGUCUGCCUCCCGUGGAGACGUUUGUCCUGGGUGGGCUGCUACUGGUCCUGCUGCUGGUCACAGGCGUGUUUGGGAGGCUAUGGCUGCGCACAAGGAGAUCCUACCCCACACACGAAGCCCAGCUGACUCUGUCCAAUAUCCACCACCUCUCAGAGGUGGCCUCCUGAGCCUGAUGGAGUCAUAACACCCAACACAUACACACAGACACACACUUACAUAUGUACACAUGAACAUGUACACGCAUACACACGCACUGACACAAACACAUGUGCGAACAUACAAAUGUGCAGGCACGCAUGCAUACACAUGCACACUCACACACAGAAUGUAUAACACACUUUCUUGCUCUCUCUGCUCCAAAUGGGAUCACAUUAUUUUCUAUACUGGUGUACUGUUCUGUAUCUCAGUUUCAGUAGCAUGAUUUGUUUUAAUCCAUCAAAUCACCAUUGUGGAUUGUGUGCAUGGAUGUGUUAUCAUACAGUGCAGAGGUUUGAAGACAGGGGCUCUUAUGAGGUUUGUUUCUAAGUAUGUAUUAUACUACUCUGUUUGUGUUAUGUUUUGUAUUUGUACUGAUAUUUCCUGAUACUCUGUGUUUCUUUUUUAUUUUUAUAUGAA